UUUAAAAACGAAAAUCCUUGAGGUUAAAACGUCUCUACAUUGUAUAGUGUAUACACUGUAUGUACGAUCACUUCACAGUUCACGCGUGCAGUCUACACCCACGUGCAAGCUGCUAGGCAGGAGGAGUUUAUUGUUUGUACACGUUUUUAUUUAAAUUGUUGAUCUAAAAUGUUGGUCCUCUUUGAAACGGCAGCUGGCUAUGCCAUUUUCAAGGUACUCAAUGAGGAUGCAUUAAAACAAAUUGAUAAUUUAUACCAAUAUUUUGGAACACCAGAAGGAGCUAGCAACAUUCUUAAGUUGAAACAUUUUGCCAAAUUUGAGGAUACAACUGAAGCUCUCGCAGCUACUACUGCUGCUGUCGAAGGGAAAUUAUGCAAGAGUUUGAAGAAAGUUUUAAAGAAAGAAUGUGCAUCAUUGCAAGAAGAACUAGCAGUUUCUGAUUCAAAACUUGCAAAUUCCAUUAAAGAAAAAAUCCAACUCAAAUGUGUUAGUAAUUCAGCAACUCAAGAAUUAAUGAGAUGCAUUCGCAGUCAGUUAGAUGGACUAUUGGGAAGUGUCCCAAAGAAAGAAAUGACUGCCAUGGCAUUGGGUUUAGCUCACAGUUUAUCCAGGUAUAAGCUCAAAUUCUCACCUGAUAAGGUAGACACCAUGAUAGUCCAAGCUAUUGGCCUUAUGGAUGAUAUCGAUAAAGAAUUGAACAAUUACGUCAUGAGAGUUCGAGAGUGGUAUGGAUGGCAUUUUCCUGAACUUGGAAAGAUUGUAACAGAUAAUUUGGCUUUCGUAAAAACAAUCAAAACGAUUGGAACACGAGAAAAUGCUAUCAAUACAGAUUUAUCUGAUAUUCUUCCUGAAGACGUCGAGGAGAAUGUGAAGCAGGCUGCUGAAAUAUCAAUGGGAACUGAAAUUUCAGAAGAUGAUAUCAAAAAUAUAUCUCGCUUAUGCGAUCAGAUAAUUCAUAUUACUGCUUACAGAGCACAACUUUAUGACUAUUUGAAAGCUCGUAUGAUGGCCAUAGCACCAAACCUAACUGUUCUCAUUGGAGAACUUGUUGGAGCUCGUCUCAUAUCUCAUGCAGGCUCACUUAUAAACCUUUCUAAACAACCUGCAUCAACUUUGCAAAUUCUUGGUGCGGAAAAGGCCCUCUUCCGAGCUCUAAAGACGAAAAAAGAUACGCCUAAAUAUGGUCUUGUCUACCACUCAGCACUCAUUGGUCAAGCCUCAACAAGAAAUAAAGGUAAAAUGGCGCGUAUGUUAUCUGCUAAGGCGUCUUUGUGCGCAAGAGUCGAUGCUCUCUGCGACGAUGCUACCUUCCCAGAUUUAGGUGCAGAACACAAGGUUAAAUUGGAAUCAAGGCUGAGAUUGCUUGAGGAAGGUAAUCUGCGAAAAAUAAGUGGAACUCCAAAAGCUAAAGCUGCAUUCCAAAAGUUCCAUGCUAAGAGUGAAAUUGCAGAAUAUCCAGUUGCUGCGGAUUCAACUAUUAAGAGUGAGGUACCAGAAAGGAAACCUUUAAUUGAAGAAAUAAAAAAAGAAGAAAUAGUAGCAGAAGAAGUUAAUGGAGAAGAGACAAAAAAGAAAAAGAAGAAGAAGAAGAGGGCAAUUGAAGAAGUUGAGGAGGUAGAAGUUAAAGUUGAGGAGCCAGAAGAAAAUGGAGAACCCAAAAAGAAAAAGAAGAAGAAGAAGAAGCACCAAGAAGAAGAAGAAUAAAAAAUCUUCCUAAUGUUCUUAGACCAACACCUGAAAGAACAAGAGCAGAAUUUGCCCCAUUG